AUGUCUUUCAGAAAUAACCCUCUCCUUCAAACUGAACUUACCAGCUGGUGUAGUGAGGUAGGGAUUGACCCGAGUCAUGCGCUGAUGCUGACUGGAGUACCUGCAACUACUGAAGUGGCACAAAUUGAGGAAGUGGCACAAAGUGUAAAAGCCUUUGGAAGAGUGCGUGUUCGAGAGACCAGGCAUGGACCCACCUCAACUACUCUAAUAGUGUUAUGUGAGUGUCGAGAAGUCAUAGACGCCACACGUUGUCCUGCCAAACUGCUGCUUGGUGAUGGUGCGGAGGCCUGGGAGAUAGUUGUUUCUACUGAAAGUGACUCGCCAACUGCCACCCCUGUAGGAUUCACAAAUAAGCUGUCAAAGUUUCUCAUGGAUGAGGGAAAGUCUAUGACUGACUUACAAGCUCUGUUUCCUUCUCUUGGUUCCAACACAAGUUCCCCUGAGUCAAUUAUUCGUGCUGUGGGUGAGUUCCUAGAAAAAACAGUGGAACCACAAAGUGACAGCAAUGCUUACCGCCGUUUACGUACCUUCUCUGGUACUGUUCCCACCCCCGCAGGAGAGGAAACUAUGGAACAUUGGAUCGAGCAGGCCAGAAUAAUGAUAACAGAAUGUGACUGCUCUGAGAAAGAAAAACAUCAGAGAAUUGUAGAAAGUUUAAAGGGACCAGCACUUGAUAUCAAAAAAGCUGUUCGUCUUUCUAGCCCUGAUGACAGUGCCCUGCAGUACCUGGAAGUUCUGGAAAGCACGUUUGGAUCCUCUGAGUCUGGAGAAGACUUGUAUUUUGCUUUUUGA